CCGCCGGGCCCGCGCCAGGCCGCCAGCCGCGGAGGGGGCACCGCACAGCGCCCAGCGCCCCACAGCCAGCCCUCUGCCCCCACCGCCACCGCCACCGCCGCCACCGCCGCUGCCCCGACGGGCGCCCCCAGCCGCUGCCGCCACCGCUGCCCGGCCCCGGCGGCCACCAUGAAGAAGGAGGUGUGCUCUGUGGCCUUCCUCAAGGCCGUGUUCGCGGAGUUCUUAGCCACUCUCAUCUUCGUCUUCUUUGGCCUCGGCUCAGCCCUCAAGUGGCCGUCGGCGCUGCCCUCCAUUCUGCAGAUCUCGCUGGCCUUUGGCCUGGCCAUAGGCACCAUGGCCCAGGCCCUGGGGCCCGUCAGUGGCGGCCACAUCAACCCCGCCAUCACCCUGGCCCUCUUAUUGGGCAACCAGAUCUCGCUGCUCCGGGCUGUCUUCUACGUGGUGGCCCAGCUGGUGGGUGCCAUCGCCGGGGCGGGCACCCUUUACUGGCUGGCACCACUCAAUGCCCGGGGCAAUCUGGCAGUCAACGCGCUCAACAACAACACGACGCAGGGCAAGGCCAUGGUGGUGGAGCUGAUUCUGACCUUCCAGCUGGGGCUCUGCGUCUUCGCCUCUACUGACUCCCGCCGCACCAGCCCUGUGGGAUCCCCGGCCCUGUCCAUUGGCCUGUCGGUCACAUUGGGUCACCUUGUGGGGGAGAGUCCAGGUUCUGUGGGAGUGGACAAGAACAUUGCCCUUGUCACCACCACCCUCUCUCUCCAGAUCUACUUCACUGGCUGCUCCAUGAACCCAGCUCGCUCUUUCGGCCCCGCAGUGGUCAUGAAUCGGUUCAGCCCCUCGCACUGGGUCUUCUGGGUGGGGCCCAUCCUGGGGGCUGCCCUGGCCGCCAUCCUCUACUUCUACUUGCUCUUCCCUCAUUCCCUGAGCCUGAGUGAGCGUGUGGCCAUCAUCAAGGGCACGUAUGAGCCUGAAGAGGACUGGGAGGAGCAGCGGGAGGAGCGGAAGAAGACCAUGGAGCUGACGGCCCGCUGACCAGUGUCAGGCAGGGGCCAGGCCCUCAUCCUCCAAACCACAGGGGGGGAAAAGAAAAAAAAAAUAUGACAGCAAAGCUUCCUUCCCCACAGCUGAUCCUCUUGGCUGAGGAGGAGGCACUGGCUCCCCAGGCUACACGGCUAGAGAUGGGAGCAGAAACCCAUGAUGGGACUCUCGGGGUGGGGGCCCAGGGCUGGGGUCUCUUGGGGAGGGGUUUCUCUGGGACAGGGCAGAGACCAGACCUCAGAGAUCAUGAAUGCAGCACUAGGCUCACAGGCUGCCCCAGGGCCAGGCCAGAAAGGGGUGGUCUGCAGUCUGUAUCCCCCACCCUCCCCACCUUCUCCCCAAGAGCCAGAGGGAUCCCAGCCCCCAGGUGGGCAGAGGCGGACCCCCCCCCCCCCAGAGCUCCUCAGGAGGAAGAUGGACUGGCUCACUGAGUGCCACCUUAUUUAUUUCCAGUCAAGCUUGCAUGGAGCGGGGCUGCUGCUGUUUGGAGUGGGGGCUUCCCAAUAAACCACUGAUAUUCAGGUUCCA